GUCAGCUUCCAGCAUGGACAGGCAUGGGAGAGGCAGAGUGUGCAUGCAGCGUGCGGAGCGGGUCCCCCAUUGCAAAGUAUUUAGGAUCUUGGAGGUUAUGGGAGAGGGAUUCUGAUGCUGCACAGGGAACUGUAGUCUCACAAGGGACGCAAUGUCUUCCUGGGUACCUAGUUGGUCACUCAUGCAAAUAAUCAGAGUCGGGCCCGCCCACACCCUUGUCCCGGAAGCUUGUUUCCGGGUCUGGCAUCCUCAGUGCUUGCUGCGGUGCUCCUCGGAGACCCGGGGCGUGGUAAUGGCGGUGAAGCGGCCGGUGCGCGUGCUGGUGGACAUGGACGGCGUGCUAGCUGACUUCGAGUCCGGCCUUCUGCAGGGUUUCCGCCGCCGCUUCCCCGGGGAACCGCACGUGCCGCUGGAACAGCGCCGGGGCUUCCUCGCCAGCGAGCAGUACCGAGCCCUGCGGCCGGACCUGGAGGAAAAAGUGGCCAGUGUAUAUGAAGCUCCGGGCUUUUUCCUAAACUUGGAGCCCAUCCCUGGAGCCUUGGAUGCUUUGCGAGAGAUGAACGCCAUGCAAGACACCGAGGUCUUCAUCUGCACCACCCCACUGCGGAAGUACGACCACUGUGUGGGCGAGAAGUACCGUUGGGUGGAGCAGAACCUGGGGCCACAGUUUGUGGAGCGGAUUAUCCUGACUAGGGACAAGACAGUGGUCAUGGGAGACCUGCUCAUUGAUGACAAAGACAACAUUCAAGGCCUAGAGGAGACCCCAACCUGGGAGCACAUCUUGUUCACCUGCUGCCACAAUCAGCACCUGGCCCUGCCCCCCACUAGGAGACGGCUGCUUUCCUGGAGUGAUGACUGGAGGGGCAUCAUAGACAGCAAGCGAGCCAGCCUGUGAAGGACCGCCAGCCUGUGAAGGACCGGGAGGUGGGUCAGCAGGACCCUGCCUGGACAGGUGACUUUAAUCAGGGAGCCACGGUAACUGCCACUUGAACAAACUGCCUUCCGGCCUCUCCCAUGAAAUCUACACCCAGAAGGAACGAGGCUAGCACAUAAAUACAGUGAGAAAAUCAGGUUUUUAAUAAAAAUAAACCAAACACAA